AUGGCCGAGCUUUUUGAAUCGUACGCAGCGGACUUUGCGCAGUUGCAGUCUUCCAUUGAGAGUAGGCUCACGACCGAUUUCUCCUCCGUGUCUGACGAGACCAAACGCUCUGCGUUGCGUCAUGCGGAGGCGGAAGCGGAGGAGGCUGGCGAGAUCUUGUCGCAGAUGGAAAUUGAGCUUCAGGCCUUUCCGCAGAGUGUGAAAGAGCGCUAUGCGAAAGAACUGCAUGCGCUCCAAUCAUCCCUUCAUAAGCUGCAGGCUGAUUUGCGGGCUAAACAGAAACCCAGUGGCUAUGGGGCUAGUGGCUUGCCGCUGGACGAGUACCGCGACACGGAUUUGGAAGCGAACGAAGGCGCACAGCGCCAACGCCUGCUGCAAGGUACUGAUCUUUUAGAGCGUGGCUCCGAACGCUUGGCGGCAAGUACCCGCCUGGCCCUAGAGACGGAAGAUGUUGGCGCGAACAUCCUACAAGAUCUCCGUCGCCAGCGUGAGCAGAUUGAGCACAGUCGUGAUACGCUCCAUGGGGCCGAUGUGCAUAUCGAUCGGUCCUCCCGAACACUGCAACAUAUGAUUCGUCGAGCCAAGCAACAAAAACUGGUCACCAUGGCGAUUGUGGUCGUGCUUGUGCUUUUGAUUCUACUCAUUCUGUACUCCAAACUGUUUUAG